UUGAAGAGAGAGAGAGAGUGAGAGAGGAAGAUAUUUGAGAAAACCAAUGGGAGAAGCUUUAGAUUAGCUUUUUGCAGUCGAAACUGUCGCAGCAUGUCUGACUAGUCCACCUUAAAUCAGAAAUCUAAGUCGAGAGAAAGAGAGAGAAAGAAACAAGGGAAUCCCAAAGAAAGACUCUUUUGUACAUACACAUAAUAUAUAUAUAUAUAGAGAGAGAGUGUGAGAAAGAGACAGAAAGGUAAUAAAAAUGAACAGAGAAGAGAAUAGAUGAUGAUGUGGGUGGGUUGAAGCCUCGAGUGAGACCACGCGCACCAUUGCGUGCAUUUCUACACUUUUUUUUUUCUCUUUCUCUCUCUCUCUCUUUCACUCACUCUCUCUCCAUAUCCUUCUCUCUUUCUUCAUCUUCUUCUGAUAUUUUUUUUUCUCUCUUUUCUCCAAAAACCCAUUUGGGUAUGGAACCUUUCGAUUCUUAUUACGUUCUCCUUCUUUCCUUAUCCCUCUCUUUCUCAUGAUAAUUAUGUAAAAGUCCAUACUUUAUUGGAGAAAACUAGAAGAAGAAGAUGUUAGUCUCUCAUCAGGUUUAUUAACAAAAAGGACCUUUCCUAUAUAGUUUGGUAGUGUAUCAGCAUUGCUUGAAGAGAGAAAGAGAGAGAUGCGCUGAUGUACCAAAUGAAGAUUUGAGUGGGAAUAUUUUCCAAGAGCUGGUGUGCUGCUUAAACACAAAAGCUCUUGUUCAGUUUUCUUUUCCAGAAAAGGAUGUUGUUUCAACGAGAUUUUGAUCUGAAUUCGGUUGACAUGUGUACUGAUUCGCCUCGUGUGUAUAGUGAUUCACUAGUAGAAGUUUUCAGGGAAACUAUGCUCAAGCAGGAAAUUGUAUUUCGAAACCAGGUUCAUGAACUCCAUCGCAUUUAUGGGAUGCAAAAGACACUGAUGCAACCUCUUGGUGACCAUGGACUUCUUCAGUCCAAGCAAUACAUAAGUAGUGUUGGUUCGGAGGAUUUGAAGCUUUCCCUGAGGGUCGAAGAAGAUAUCAGGAGACAUAAAAGUGGCAAGAACACUUGGUUUGAUGUCAAUGUACAUCCCUACUCUGAGAAUUUUAUUGAUUUAGAAGAAUCGAGUGCAACAACAUCGAAUGAGGAUUCAGGAAAUGUACUUCCUAACGGUGUUACCAUGACUGAUCUAAUCAUCACAAGUAGUCUGAAGAAAGAUCAAUCAAAUGAGACUGUAGAGAAUAGUACAUUUCUAGAUGACCCUGAAAGGAGCUGUUUUGAUCAAGAUUUGAACCGAAAACCAUCAACCAAGAUGGAGCAAAUAAAUACAUAUGGGAAAUGGGAAGUGGACCUCAACAAAAUCUGUUGUGAUGAUGACUCUUGUAACUCUUCAAAUGAUCCCAUGCUGACUGCUAAUCCUUCAACAGCUAGCUCAUCACUUACUCUCGUAGUAGCGGUAGAGGAGGGCAAUUCUAGUUCUAAAGCUUGUCCUAAAGAAUGUAACAAUUGCUCUGAUGAAACUUCUGGAAUUACUCAUCCUGAUGAUUCUGGAAAUUUUGCAUUGGUGGAUUUAAAUAGCAGUAGUGAAAGAACAGAGAUGUGUGCUAAACAUACCAAAUUUCAUGAGUUGAGUGGCAGUGAAGUGAUCCGUGGUCCUUGUGAAGAGUUAGAGCUUGACUGCAACAAGAAUGAUUCUCAUGAUGUAAAUAUAAAUGAUAUGUUGGAGAACUCAAAGAGCCAAACUCAUACAUGUAUAGCUACCUUAGCAGUGAACCACGAAAAGGGAAAAUCAGAAAGUGAUUUAUUUACUUAUUCAGAUCAUAGUAAGGAUGUGAUCAUAGAUGCACAUGGAAAUUCGUCCUCACCACCAUGCAUACCUUGCCUCUUUGGCGAUAAUGAAUCCAGUAAUGCAGAGACUAUGCAAUCCGAAAUUGAGGUUUUGAAUCCCUUACCAACUGAUAGGCUUUCGGGAAACAAGAACCCAAGGCCUUCUGACAGCAGUGAACUCACUCAUGAGUGCCUCCUCAGCAAAGAAGAAUCAGAUGAAGUUGAUGUUUCCAUCCAAAUGGCAGCUGAGUCACUCAUCCACUUCUCAUUGGAGAGCUCAGCUGUUUAUCAAGAUUGUUCUGUGAAAGAUGCAGAAUCAAUUGACAUAGAAGCUGCUGAGAGAGAAAUGCCACAAUAUUCUUGUGAUUCGUUUGAACUAUUCACUCUGAAUCUUAAGGAAUGUAGCAAUGACGACUUUUGUGUUUCAUCGAAGUCUUCAGAUGUAAAUCCUACAGAGACAAAGGAUUAUGGUUUCAAGAUAAGAAGGGGCAGGAGAUUGAAAGAUUUCCAGAGAGAUAUACUUCCUGGCAUGGCAUCACUAUCUAGGCAUGAAAUUUGCGAAGACAUUAACAUUCUUGAGGGAGUUUUAAGAUCAAGAGAGUACAGGAAGAACCAAGCAAAGAUGGGAGAUGGACACGGCUGGUGCACACCAGCAAGAAGCAGGCGAUCACGGAGAAGACUCUCUUGAGGCCUCAUUUUAGUUAGGAAUGACAAUUUAGACAUGAACAUAGAUCCAUUCUGGGUAUGCAAUCCUUUUAUGAUAAUAUUUUAGCUUUUUCUUUUCCCCUUUCCUUUCCUUUCUUUUUUUUUUUGGAGCAUUGCUAUAGAGUAUAUAUGGAUAUGGUGCUUAAUACCACAAAAACUAAUAAAGUUGUGGGAUUACAUGAGAAUUUAAUAUUAUAGGGUCAUUCCAAAUUA